AUGGAGCAAGAAGCGCCAACAAUUCCUAAGCGCCGACAAGAACUUCUCAAGUGGAAUGGCUGGGGAUAUAAGGAUUCCAAAUUCAUUGUCAAUAAAGCUGGUCAGGUUGAGUUCACAGGAGAACGCUACCGGCUCAGUAAACAGGUGUUACCACACCUGAAAGAUUUUAUGAUGAAAACUUGUGGCAUUAGUUUGGAACACAAAAUAACAGCUCAGCCAGAAAUAACUGCAGCUGACAUUCCCCCACCAAUCAAAAACAAAGAAUUUAUCAGCAACUUACGAAGGACAGGUAUUAGUUAUUCAGAUGAUUGUCAAGAUCGACUGUUCCGAGCUCAUGGUCAUACGCUCCAUGAAGUUUUUGUCUUGAGAGAAGGAAAAUUUGAAAGAAUACCUGAUCUUGUUGUCUGGCCAACCUGUCAUAAUGAUGUUGUGAAAAUUGUAGAGUUAGCCUGUCAAUAUAAUGCUAUGCUCAUUCCAUUUGGAGGUGGCACAAGUGUCUCUGGAGCUUUGGAAUGUCCUACUGCUGAGCAACGAAUGAUUAUUUCUGUUGAUACUUCAUUGAUGAAUAAAAUUUUAUGGAUUGAUGAUCAAAAUCUCACUGUAUGUGCAGAAUCUGGAAUCAUUGGUCAAGAUCUUGAGAGAAGGUUGGCUGAAAAAGGUUAUUGCACUGGCCAUGAGCCAGAUUCGAUGGAAUUCAGUUCUUUAGGUGGUUGGGUUGCCACGAGAGCUUCUGGUAUGAAGAAAAACAUUUAUGGAAACAUUGAAGAUCUGCUUGUUCAUGUGAAAUUUGUCACCCCUAAAGGUGUGUUAGAGAAAAAUUGUCAAGUGCCACGGAUAUCAGCUGGUCCAGAUAUCCACCAUUUGAUUCUGGGAUCAGAAGGAACACUAGGAAUUGUUACUGAAGCCACACUUAAAAUAAGACCAUUGCCACAGUGUAAGAAAUAUGGUUCAGUUGUAUUUCCCACCUUUGAAGAUGGUGUCCAUUGCCUUAGAGAAGUAGCUAAACAGCGAUGUGCACCGGCAUCAAUUCGUCUAAUGGAUAAUGAACAAUUUCAAUUUGGACAUGCUCUAAAACCAGAAUCGAGUUCAAUAUUUGCAAGUUUCCUAGAUGGUAUCAAAAAACUUUACAUUACAAAAUUGAAAGGAUUUGAUCCUGAAAAAUUAUGUGUAGCAACAUUGUUAUUUGAAGGAACAAAAGAGGAAGUAGCAGCAUUAGAAAAACGUGUUUAUGAAAUUGCUUCCAAAUUUAGGGGUCUUCCUGGUGGUGCUGACAACGGUGAGAGAGGUUACAUGUUGACAUUUGUAAUUGCCUACAUCAGAGACCUUGCUUUUGAGUAUUAUAUCGUAGCUGAAUCAUUUGAGACCUCAGUACCUUGGGAUAGAGUGAUUGAUUUGUGUCGAAAUGUAAAGCAUCGAAUCCACCAGGAAUGUAAGGAAAAAGGAGUACAGUGGCCACCAUAUACAACUUGCAGGGUCACUCAAACAUAUGAUGCUGGUGCCUGUGUUUAUUUCUAUUUUGCCUACAAUUACAGAGGAGUGAGUAAUCCUGUGCAAACUUAUGAAGAAAUUGAGGGCAAAGCACGAGAUGAAAUCCUUUCUAAUGGAGGUAGCAUAUCUCAUCACCAUGGCGUGGGCAAAGUGAGGAAGAAAUGGCUUCGAAACACAAUUGGAGAUGUUGGGGUUGGUGCAUUAAAGGCCUUGAAAGCUUAUAUUGACCCUAAAAACAUUUUUGGGAAUAGAAAUCUAUUAAUUGGAAAUCUAUAA